AUGAAGACAGACUCCAAAUCGCUUUUUGGCAACUUGCGCGGCGACCUCCACGCUGCUGCCCUCGAAUUUGUGGGGACGAUUCUUUUCCUGUUACUCGGCCUCGGUGGCAUCCAAGCCGCCGCGUACUCUAACCAGGCAUCUGUUGCGGCUGCUGCCAAUAACCCUGAAGGUGAUGGAGCUCAGUCUAUUAACAGGGUCGCCUCUAUAGAGCAACUACUGUAUAUCUCAGUCUCUAUGGGGCUAUCGUUGCUCGUGUCUGUUUGGUUCUUCUAUCGCGUUACUGGUGGCGUCUUUAAUCCCGCCGUUGCUACCUCUCUGCUCUUGAUUGGUGCCAUUGGGCCUGUUCGCUGGGUACUCUACUGUCUUGCACAAUUGAUUGGAGGUAUUGUGGCAUCUGCCCUCCUCCUUGCACUACUACCUGGAGAACUUGUCGUCACGCCCUCUCCUGCUCAAGGAGUCAAUGCUGCUCAAGCUGUUUUUAUUGAAGCCUUCCUUACAUCCGCACUUGUUCUUGCCGUGCUAAUGCUAGCUGCUGAAAAGCAUAGAAGUACUCCGUUCGCUCCUAUUGGUAUCGGCCUUACUCUCUUUGCAUGCCACCUCUGGGGGGUUGUAUACACAGGUGCCGCGAUGAACACCGCUCGUGCCUUUGGCCCAGCGGUCGUUAGCGGUUUUGACAAGGACCAUUGGGUGUACUGGCUUGGUCCUUUUAUUGGUAGCCUUAUGGCGACACUGUUCUACGGUUUCCUGAAACACAUCAAGUACUGGAAGCUCAACCCAGACCAGGAUGUCGCUGACCCCAAGAUGUCACCCCCUGAUCCUUUGGGAAACAUGCUUUCAAGAUCCCGCACGGACGAUGAUACCAACGUCGCACCUGCGAAUACCAACGGAUAUGCUAUGAACGGAACCAACGGUCACGCCGUGAACGGGGUGAAUGGCAAUCAUAAGAACAAAGAGCAACAUAUAGUCUAA